CUCGCUCACUGUCUGCCGGGGUUUCGACGAAUCCACGUUGCGCCAAUGCGCGUUCGCGACCAGUUAUCGCGUGAGCGCUGAGAGUCGAGAGAAAGCGAGAGAGAGAAAGCGAGAGAGAGAGAGAGAGAGAGAGAGAGAGAGAGAGAGAGAGCAUCUUCGUCCUCACGUCGUGCCUCCUCUCCUUCCUCAUCUUCUUCCGCUGCGUGUGUCGCUGCUCGAGGGAGAAAGCUCUCCUUGGAAAUAUUCUGUAUAUAUUUUUCAGUUGGAAUUUUUUUUUCUCUCCAUAUUUGGUCGCGCGCUUUCGGGGCGCGCGCGCGUGCGUGUGUGUGCGAAUGGUGGACUUGGCCAACAUGGAGACCGUGGAGAAGGAAUGCGGGGCCCUCGGGGGUCUUUUCCAAGCCAUUGUCAACGACAUGAAGUGCUCCUAUCCAGUGUGGGAGGACUUCAGCGCAAAGGCCACAAAACUUCAUUCACAGCUCAGAACGACAGUUUUGGCGGCGGUGGCCUUCCUGGAUGCUUUUCAAAAGGUGGCGGACAUGGCGACCAACACUCGAGGGGCAACCAGAGACAUCGGCUCGGCUCUGACCAGGAUGUGCAUGCGGCAUCGCAGCAUCGAGGCCAAACUCCGGCAGUUCACCAACGCGCUGAUGGAGAGCCUCAUCAUGCCUCUGCAGGACAAGAUUGAAGACUGGAAGAAGACGGCCAACCAACUGGACAAGGACCACGCCAAAGAGUACAAGCGGUCGCGACACGAGAUCAAGAAGAAGUCGUCGGACACCAUGAAGCUCCAGAAGAAAGCUCGCAAAGAGAUCCAGGGGCGCGGCGACCUGCAGCCUCAGCUGGACAGCGCCAUGCAGGAUGUGACCGACAUGUGCCUGCUGAUGGAGGAGAUGGAAAAGCAGGCGGUGCGGCGGGCCCUGGUGGAGGAAAGAGGAAGAUUUUGCACCUUCAGCGCAUUCCUGCAGCCCGUCGUGAAUGGCGAGAUUGCCAUGUUGGGGGAGAUCACACACCUGCAGGCCAUCAUUGAUGACAUAACGGUGCUGACCACGGACCCGCACAAGCUGCCCCCUGCCAGUGAACAGGUGAUUAAGGACCUCAAGGGGUCCGACUACAGCUGGUCCUAUCAGACUCCGCCCUCUUCGCCCAGCAGCUCCAGCUCGCGCAAAAGCAGCAUGUGCAGCAGCGUCAACAGUGCCCACAGUAGCGCCUCCCGCUCGUCCGGCGGCGGUGGCCUGGGCGGCUGCGGCGGCGGCGGCGGGGGCUCGCUGCCCCACUCACCCACGUCCUCUUCCUCGUCCUCGUAUCGCUACCGCAGCAGCCUGCCGUGCCAGCCCGGGGGGGCCGCGGGGGGCAUCGCCGCCUACCGCCUCAGCAGCGUCUCGUCCCACGACUCGGGCUUCGUGUCUCAGGACGCCAACGUCUACUCCAAGCCGCCCUCGCCCAUGCCCUCCGACAUCACCAGUCAGAAGUCGUCCAGCUCGGCGUCAUCGGAGGCCUCCGAAACGUGCCAGUCGGUCAGCGAAUGCAACUCGCCAACCACUUUUGGCUCGUGCUUCGCUACCUUCCGCCCCGCUCUCUCUCACUCUGGCUCGCCCAGGCCUCACUCUGUCACACUUCCUGUCACCGCGCCCCCACCCCUUAGCCGGCCCUCCGGCUCCUGCUCCUCUUCUCCCACAUCCGGCAAGGUUCCCGCCUGGAAGGACUGGUCCAAAGCAGGUUCCUACGAGCAGCCCGUGGCCCCCGGCGUGGCCCCCGGCGUGGCCCCCGCCGCCGUCGCUCAGAGGAGGAAGGAGCCGCCGCUCGAUAGGCUGCGGGAAAGCGAGGGCUCGCCCGGCGCGCAAGGCUACGCCGGCCCGUCCCACCCCGAUGAGGCUCAAAGGGGCAGAAUGUCGUCCGCCGCCAAGUAUGGAGACGAGGUGUCGCCGGCUGCCAGCGACCUGGCCAUGGUUCUGACUCGAGGUCUGAGCAGCGAGCAGCAGAAGAGCAGCAGGGACUCUUUGCAGUACUCCAGCGGCUACAGCACCGAGACCACCACACCUUCUUGCUCAGAGGACACCAUCCCAUCUCAGGGGUCCGAUUACGACUGCUACUCGGUGAACGGCGACGCCGAAGGGCCGGACGGCCAGACGGACUUCGACAAGUCGUCCACCAUCCCUCGCCACUCCAACAUCGCCCAGAAUUACCGCCGCAUGAUCCAGACCAAGCGGCCCGCCAGCACGGCCGGUUUGCCCAGCGGGGUCUUGGGACCGGGAGGUCACGUCCUGCCCGCCGGAUCCGGGACCCCGGGCACGGCCACCAUCCGUAGAACGCCGUCCACCAAACCGGGCGUGAGACGCACCCUCUCCAGCGCCGGCCCCAUUCCCAUCCGACCCCCCAUCGUGCCCGUUAAGACGCCCACCAUUCCCGGAGACUCCCAAUCGCCCGGGGCGGCGGGGGUUCCCGUCCGCGUGGGCAGCGAGGAGUGCGUCUACGUGGCGGACGACGCCCAGGGCGCGCUCGAUUACGUGAAGGCGUCGCCCAAACGCCUCAGCCUCCCCAACACGGCUUGGGGAUCGGGGGCGGCUCUGGAGGUCUACGCCCAGCAACACGGAGCCGCGGGGCUCGGUGGGGGCCACGGGAGCGAAGAGGAAAAGAUGCUCGCCGCCAACCGCCACAGCCUGGUGGAGAAGAUCGGCGAGCUGGUGGCGGGCGCACACGCCCUCGGGGAGGGGCAGUUCCCUUUCCCGUCGCUGCCGGAUGACCCGGCCCCGCCCGACGCGCCGGAGGAGGCGGAAGGAUCGGCCGGCGACAUGCUGACCACCAUCAGGAGGGGCGUCCGACUCCGCAAGACCGUCUCCAAUGACCGCUCGGCACCGCGCAUCUUGUGAUCCGCUGGUGGGGGGAACCUGUCCGACCCUUCGGGAAACAUCGCCGCGUGAAGUCCCGAAACAUACGUAAAACCGUUAGAAUUGACGCUACGAAAUAUUAAUGCGGUAGUGUGUUGGUGGACGCCAUGUUUCUCCUCUUUGGACGCUUACGGAAAUCCGUUUGAGCAUUUAUUUCCUCUCCUUGAUAUCCCGCUUUCGGUCCGCGGACUCGUACGCUCGCUCUCUUCACUGAUUAAAAAGACAUUUUGAUUGUACUCGUGGAAGAAGAUUUUCAUGCGGAGAUACGAGUUGAGCUGAUUAGCAUUACUCGUGUAGCGCAGUAGUUUGCUUGUUUGCAGGUUCGAUGACAAACUCGUAGGCCAAAAAGUCACAUUAGUAGUGGAAAAAAAUGACUCGGUCACACGGAUAGUUUCGCUGAAUUGUCAACGAGGACUUGUUUCAGCAUUUAUUGUUAACAUGUCAGCUCACGUUCGAGACAAACCUUCGAGUUGGGCAUUGUCGGUCUAAUCGUGCAGCACAGUAGUUCACUCCACAACUGUGCCGGAAGUCGCUAACCACGUUUGUUGUUGAAUCGUCUUACUCGUGAGGACAAAGAGCGCACCAGUCCAUAGACAUUCGACUGAAAUCCAAAACAAAUGCUCAAAUGUGGUUUCCCGGCGGUGAAAUGAACGAUGAGGGGUCCGAGUGGGUGGUCCCGCGGGGGGUCUGCUCGUCGGAGAACUCGCUUUGACUCAAGUGAAUCUCGGCUAACCGGCUACAGGGAGCUAACGUCGCUAGCCGUCCUUCCGGGUGGUCGGCCGGCUCGUUGGCGGUGAACUGUGCCGGUGUGGCUUUGUGGGUGUGCUUGCCUGCGCCACUGCGGGACAGCCGGCGAGGAGCCAAUGAAGCGUCUCUUCUCGCGGGUGUCUCCUGUUAUUUCUUUCUCGUUUCUACCGUGACGUCGUUGUUGUGCGCCGCCUCGAGAUGGCAAGUGGUGAAAAGCCAGCAAUCCUUACUGAUACAUUCAGACACACAUAUAUGUGUGUGUGUGUGUUAACAUAUACAUCUGUAUUUUCUAGAACCAGAGAGAAGCGUUGGAAACACAGCAAUAAGUGUGUUUUAUUUUUUUUUUUGCAUGGGGGAGGACGUCGGGGAAAGUAUGGCGGUGAACUGCCGGCGUACGUGCGUCAUGCGUGCGUCAUGCGUCAUGAGCGUCUCGCAGACGAAAAAGAAACAAGCAAGAGGAUGUGAUGAGGAUGAUGGGUGGAGUCAAGCGGAGAUUUAAAAAAAAAACAUUGACGGGAUGUUGUUGAGCUCAGCUAAAGGUUGGAGUCAUGUGCAUACACGACAGCGCAUAAUUUGUUGUUAGGCGCGGCCUGAAAAAAAAUGGCGCGGAGGUUAACAUAACACUGCAAGUCCAUCAAAGUUGAGGUGGAUGAUAAUUAAGAAUCCCGUAAAUCUUCUAAAAGUUACAUUGGUGAUCAAACAAAAGUGAAAGUUCAUCCCAAAAUGCACAUGCGAGCAUGGGGCCUUUAUUUGUCACUGGUUCAAAUAACACGACAUAAAUCCCUAAAAAAAAAUCACAGAUAAAAUCAACACUACUCGAAAUCCUCCAAGGUGUUGGAGGCCAACAAGGAAAACAUAACCCCCCCCCCCACCCCACCAAAAAAAAGUUGAAUAUGACAAAAUGACCACAUAUCAAGUCAACUUUGUCUAAUAUGCUCUUUGCACAACAACGAGCACCAAUUAAAUUUAUUUCCCUUCAACCACAGAACACCCACAAUUGUGUGUGUGUGUGGGGCGGGGGUAUGCGUACCUCAAUCCCCCAAAAAGUUCAAGGAAAGUUAGGAAAACAUUGUGGAACCCCCCCCCCCCCACCCCAAAAAAAGUCGCUAACACGUCAAUAAAACUAGAUUGAAUACCCCACAAGUCAAAAGUAGACGAAGCGGAAGUUGCUCCUAAAUUGCACAGGUUAUCGAAGGGCUACCGUAAAUUCCUCAAAAGCUGGGCAGGUUAAAACAAGACGCGUAAAUCCACUAUUACGUCGAUUUAAACACAUCUCACGCUAACAAUGUUGUUUGUUUUAUUUUUGUUGGGAUGUUUUUUGUUUGUUUGUUUGUUUGUUUUUAUGACUUCAAUGUGUUUGAUCUGUCAAAAAAAAGCACAUUUGCGGUUGUCGACUCCUACACUGUAAAGAAAGAAAGAAAAACAAACCAUGUAAAUGAGCAUUUAUUCACCCGUGAUCGGAUACGAAUGUAACUUUUCGAGAGACGCAUUUGUCGGCAAAAUGCGACAGCUCAGGACAGAAGAAUUCGGUGACGUGUUGAAGACGAGAUGUGGACAUGAUUGAUGAAAAGGAAAUGUGGACAACAUGACGAUCGGCCGCCACCGCCGCAGAGUGAAAAGAGGCGAGACGAGUGUGUGCUCUUUUUUCUUUCGUUCGUUCAUGAUUUGUGGUUUUAAUGUUCAAAAAGAGAGCUGUGUGUAAUAUAAUGUAGGAUGUGCGGGAUCGGAGGCGAGUGAACUCUUCUUCGCGUUUCGAGUGUAUUUAUUGAUUUAACACACGUCUGAUUUAUUUUAAAUAGAGGUAGUCCGCGAAUCCUCCAACAGGGGGAGCUGUUUCACGUGUGUGCUGUUCGAAGAAGUUCAGCUUUCGUUUUGAAAAUGUUCGUUGGAAGAAUUUCUGCAUCACACGGCCUCUGGGUUGCAAGUUAAAAUAAGACUUCGGAAAAUCACCCCCCAGACCCCCCCCCCCCCCCCAAAAAAAAACUUGUUUGGUGGCCCUAAAUUUGACAAAUGGUUGCAGAUUCCCCAACAUAGCAAGUACUGUACAGUACAUUGAAUAUUACCGCAAAUCCCGCAACGGUUGUGCAGGUUGAAAUCAAACCGCCAUUCAUCCCCACAAAGUGACGUAGUUUCAAACAAAAAGAACAUUUUAUAAAUAGAAAUAUAAUAUAUAAAAUGCAAUUCUGUUGAAGAGGCUCCUCUCGCCCCGGUAGGAAAUAUGAAUAAUAUAUUUUUAAACAUGCUGACUGUGUUGUAAUUCAUGUCUACGGAUGUUCCAGAAGGAACUUUCAUUGAACUCCAGUGUAUGUAGAAACAGAAAUAAACGGAUUAUUAUUAAUAUUCUUAUUCAAAGAGUAACAACAUACAUGAAGCGCGUGUGCGGGCACACGUGUUUAAAAAAAUAACAACAGCGUUGUGAGGGAAGUUGAAAAAAAUAAAAACACUGGAAAGAAUGACUCGUAAUUAUUAAUGAUAUUUGUUUUUGGAUUAUUUUCUGUUUUUUUUCCUUCGCUGUGGAAAUAUUAAAGGUGCAGCAGUCAUUGAAUUGGAAAAAAAAACAAAGCUUGGACACAAAAUACAGUAAGGCACCCUUAAGCACAGAGUAGACAAACAACGAAACAAAGAGUGAAAGUAUACACUAAAAUGUGCAUUUUCAAAAGUUUUUUUUCUCGUUGAAAACAAGAAUCUGUGGCUUUCAAAGGAAAAGUCACGUUCAGUCGCCUCCGCUACAGAUCUGAUUUAUAAUUUAGCGCCUUUCCUUUUUUCCCUUUACCCUUAUUUUUUAAAUUACUUUUGCAAACCGGGGUUUUUAUUUCCUUGGUUUAUUUUUCUCUUUGGGUUAACUUUAGUCACUCGCUGAUGUAACAAAAAAGCGCACUGUGAUGAUUCCAUUAUUAAUAAAGGCUGUAAUUCAA